GCUGAAGGAAAAGCAAAAAAAAAAAAAAAAAAANGGGAAAGCGAAGUAAAACAGAAGAAGACCAUCUCUGACUCUCACUUCUCCUUAAGAUCCCAAAAGCUUCGUACUGGGUUUUUCCUUCGUUUUCUCGCUCGAUUUCUGAAUCAGAAGAAGAAUCUGUUCAGAUUUUGUGGAAGUAGUUGGUGAAUUCAGAGAUUAGUUUCGCUUUUUUUUUUUUUUGUGGAAUCGCUACGGAAUUGAACUCAAGGGAGACUGGGAAUUGCGACUUUUUCUUCUUCUUAGAUGUCGUCAGUGUUGUUUUGGUUCUCUGGGACAGUGUGCGACUGAUUUUGGCUUUCGUUGGUGAUGCUUGGAUUCGUGUUCUUGUGUGUCUUUUUGGUGUCCACGCCAUGUUUCAGCUUAUCACAGUAUGGAGGGGACACUGAAUUUGAGAGCCCUGUGAGAUUGUUUUCAGAUGUAGAUUCUGGGAAUUCUAGUGCUCCCAGUAACGUCACCUGUCAGGACCUGGAUGGUGUUGGAUCGUUGAAUACCACUUGUACAGUGAACUCGAAUUUGCGUUUCGAUUCUGAUCUUUAUGUAUAUGGAACGGGCAAUCUGAACAUACUUGCCCAUGUCUUAGUUGAUUGCCCCAUUGAAGGAUGUAUGAUCACCUUCAAUGUUUCUGGAAAUAUUCAUGUGGGUCAAUCAGCAAGAAUCGUUGCCGGUUCUGCGGUUUUCUCUGCUGUCAAUUUAACAAUGGAUACCAAUUCUUCUAUCUACACGACAGCAUUGGCUGGACCACCACCUUCUCAGACUAGUGGAACACCAUAUGGUACUGAUGGUGCGGGUGGAGGCCAUGGUGGGAGAGGUGCUUCGUGUCUCAAGAGCAAUAAAACAACCUAUUGGGGUGGUGACGUUUAUGCUUGGUCGUCUUUGCAUGAACCGUGGAGCUAUGGGAGCGAGGGAGGUGUUAAGUCCACUACGGAAUUCGGAGGCAAAGGUGGAGGUCGUGUCAAACUCCUAUUGAAUGACACAAUACAUAUGAAUGGAACUGUUUCAGCAGAUGGUGGUGAUGGUGGACAGGAAGGGGGUGGAGGAUCUGGAGGAAGUAUCUUUAUUCAUUCAGUAAAGCUGAAGGGUUACGGUAAAUUAUCUGCAUCGGGUGGAAGGGGAUGGGGUGGAGGUGGUGGAGGAAGGAUCUCCCUUGACUGUUACAGCAUACAAGAAGAUAUCAAAGUUCUUGUGCAUGGUGGCGCAAGUAUCGGGUGCCCAAAAAAUGCUGGAGCUGCUGGAACGUAUUUCAAUGCAGAAUUAAUUAGUUUAAGGGUUGGAAACGAAAACAUGACUACAGAGACAGAAACUCCGUUGCUGGAUUUUCCUACAAGACCUCUGUGGUCAAACAUCUAUGUAGAUAAUAAUGCAAAAGUUUUGGUCCCGCUGCUAUGGACCAGAAUGCAGGUCAGAGGUCAAAUCAGUCUUUAUCGGGGAAGCAGCAUUGUCUUUGGGUUAUCAAAGUAUCCAAUUUCAGAAUUUGAGCUUGUUGCAGAAGAGCUUUUAAUGAGUAACUCCGUUAUAAAGGCAGGUUCUUGUGAAAAUUCCGUCAUUACUUCUAAUGCGAACUUGGGUGUAUAUGGUCAAGGAAUGUUGACGCUCACUGGUCCUGGGGAUGCAAUUAAAGGCCAGAGACUUUCCUUAUCUCAGUUUUACAACAUAACUGUUGGACCAGGUUCAGUACUUCAAGCACCACUUGAUGAUUACGAAAGCAAAAACGCGGUUACUCGGACCCUUUGUGAGAGCAAGACAUGCCCAAUAGACUUGAUUAGUCCACCGGAUGAUUGCCAUGUCAAUUACACACUAUCGUUUUCCCUUCAGAUAUGUCGAGUCGAGGACAUUCUUGUGAGUGGUCUUGUGAAAGGAAGCAUAAUUCAAAUCCACAGGGCGAGAACGGUUGUAGUUACUGAUGAUGGCUUGAUCACUGCAUCUGAAUUUGGUUGCAGUGGUGGCUUGGGAAAGGGACUUUAUUCAAAUGGGGCUGGUAGUGGUGCUGGGCAUGGAGGAAGAGGGGGGUCAGGCAUUUUCAAUGGGAGAGUAUGCAACGGAGGUCAUACUUACGGCGAUCCUGAUUUUCCCUGUGAGUUGGGGAGCGGAGCAGAAAGUCCAGAUAAAUCAUAUGGGGAUGUGACUGGUGGAGGGAUGAUAGUUAUUGGCUCCAUCCAGUUUCCUCUUUUCGUACUUAAUCUAAGUGGAUCUCUGAGCUCUGAUGGCCAAAGCCUUGGGAAGCCAAUAGUGAAUGGUAACAGAUCUUUGGUCGGCGGAGUUGGUGGAGGAUCAGGUGGGACGAUUCUUCUUUUUCUUCAGAUGCUUGAGCUCUCAAAGAAUUUUCACUGGGACAUGUUACACACUGGGGACGAGUAUUCUCCUGUUGCAACUGUCAAGGGGUCCAUUAGCAGUAGAGGAGGUGCAGGGGACAAUGGAGGUCGUUUCGGGGAAGAGGGAACAAUGACUGGGAAAAAGUGUCCAAAGGGACUAUAUGGUACAUUUUGCUUGGAAUGCCCCAUUGGCACUUACAAGAAUGUUGAAGGCUCUGAAAAACGUCUUUGUACACCCUGCCCACCUGAGCAUCUUCCAAGUCGUGCAAAAUUUGUAUAUGUACGAGGAGGAGUUAGUGAACCCGUUUGUCCCUAUAAAUGUGUAUCUGACAAAUACAGAUUGCCAAACUGCUACACACCUUUGGAAGAGCUUGUCUAUGCAUUUGGAGGGCCAUUGCCCUUUGCUCUUCUUCUAUCUUGUGUAGUGGUAGUUUUGGGUCUGUUGCUAAGCACAUUAAGUAUCAAAUUGCUCAGAUUGAGUUUCUAUGGUGCCAAUUCCAUCGAACACCAGAGUGCUCAUUGUUUACCCCAUCUUCUGUCACUCUCUGAGGUUCGAGGCGCAAAGUCUGAGGAUACGCAAACCCAUGCCUACCGUAUGUACUUCAUGGGUCCAAACACUUUCAGGGAACCUUGGCAUCUGCCCUACUCUCCGCCUGAUGCAAUCAUAGAGAUAGUGUAUGAAGAUGCUUUUAACAGAUUUAUUGAUGAGAUCAACUCUACCGCAGCGUAUGAUUGGUGGGAAGGCUCUGUCCACAGCAUUCUAUCAGUUCUUGCAAAUCCUUGCGCCUGGUCAUGGAAACAAUGGCGUCGCAGGAGAAAAAUUCACCGCCUUCAAGAAUAUGUCAAAUCUCAAUAUGACCACUCUUGCCUCCGCUCAUGCAGAUCUAGAGCUCUCUAUAAAGGGAUGAAGGUUGGAGCCACUCCAGAUCUGAUGGUUGCGUACAUAGAUUUCUUUCUUGGCGGUGAUGAGAAGCGUGUAGAUAUGGUCUCUAUUAUACAGAAAAGAUUCCCAAUGUGCAUCCUUUUUGGUGGAGAUGGAAGUUAUAUGUCACCUUAUAGUCUCCAUAGUGAUACACUGUUAACAAAUCUUCUUGGCCAGCACAUCCCACCAAGUGUUUGGCACCGGUUUGUUGCCGGUUUAAAUGCCCAACUUAGGACUGUGAGGCACGGAUCUAUUCGUUCAGCAUUACUUCCUGUCAUUAGGUGGAUAAAUAGCCAUGGAAAUCCUCAACUCGAAUUCCAUGGAGUAAGAAUUGAACUUGGAUGGUUUCAAGCUACAGCUUCAGGAUACUACCAACUCGGUAUAUUGGUUUUUGUUGGCGAUUUUCCUCUGAACAACGUAAAUCAAUCAAUUUCAUUCAGAAGUGACGACGAGUCCCCUCGGAACAGCGCUGCAUGUCCCAGCAAAUCUCUUAUCGAGUUGCAACAAAACUUGAUCCAACCAGGACAUGGCUUAUCUCGAAAGAGAAUCAAUGGUGGGAUCAAUGGAGGCCUCAUCAAUGAGAUUUCACUAGAUUCUCUGCAGUACAGAAGGGAUUUACUUUUUCCAUUUUCUCUCUUAUUGAACAAUACUCGACCCGUUGGGCGUCAGGAUACUCUUCUCCGUUUGAUCUCCAUCCUUCUCCUUGCUGAUCUUUCAAUUACGCUACUUGCAUUACUUCAGUUCUAUUGGCUUGCCCUUGCAGCCUUUCUUGCUAUCCUCCUGAUUCUCCCUCUCUCUCUGCUUUGCCCAUUCCCUGCGGGUCUUAACGCGUUACUUAGUAAAGAAAUGAGAAGAGCCUCACUUACUCGUAUCUACGGCCUUUGGAACGCUACAUCUCUAACAAACGUCAUUGUGGCUUUCAUUUGCGGUGUCAUUCAUUCCGGGUUUUUCUCUGACGAGCUACCAAACAUCUGGAACGCCAUAAGGGAUGAUGAUAAGUGGUGGGUGUUACCAACAAUCCUCUUGUUACUCAAGUCAAUACAAGCUCGGUUCCUUGAUUGGCACGUCGCAAAUCUCGAAGUGCCGGACUUUUCACUUCUUUGCCCUGAUCCAGAUACCUUCUGGGCAUAUGAAUCAGGUGCUUGACCAUCCGAAGAUUAAUCAACAUCGUUAUAAAGAAAGACAAGCAAAAGGUAUAUUUUAUUUUUCAUGUAAAUCAUUUAAAAAGUACAAAGUUCUUCUCAGUGAAUAGUUGGGUAAAACAGUUCUCUAGAACAUCUGGAUAUAUUUCUGGUGCCGAUUUAGGGUUUUGCCAGAUGAAUGGUAGUUUUAGCAACUAGAGAGAGAGAGAGAGAGGUUGUAAGUUAUGUAAUCCUUUUAAAGUUUUGCAACAACAUGAAAAUUUAGAACACAAUGGAGACUAAUCCUAAAACCUAAUCAUUUAACAAUACUUUUUAA